UUCGGUUGAUGCAUGAACAUGAACUUUGAAACAUAUUCUAUGGUUCCUGAAUAUUCAAAUCUUUUUCCUUUUUUCCCAAAUAAUUUUAAUGAAAUUUGUACCGACUAAUCACACACCAUUUAAAAAAAAAAAAGAAAAAGAAAAAAGAAAGAAAACUAAAAAAACUUAGCAGAUUAGGCUAUUUGCGAAAAAAAAGGCAAAUUUAGGCUAAUAAAAAGUCCGUAUAUAUAUAUAUAUAUAUAUAUAUAUAUAUAUAUAUAUAUCUCAAAUUAGGCUUAUUCGACCCAUUUCAGCUUACUACCCUCUCUUUUAAGUUUUAAUGAAAAAGAAGAAAAGCCCUUCAGCCGAAUAUGGCAACCCAACCAAGAAACCAAAUACGGAAAAAUUAAAAAAAAAAAAAAAAAAACCCUAAAGACAUGUCAUGAUCUUCUCCAUUUCGUCGGAUAAGUUGUUCUUUGAAAGGACGAAAGAUUGAUCUCUAUCUCCACGACAGAUCAUAACCAUUGUUUGCAUGGCUUACCAUUCUUCACGUUAAGAUUUCCAUCGUAAACACAACGAUAAUGGUGGUUUCUGAUGUGGUGAUUCAAAUUCUAUCCAAGCUUCCACCAGAAUCUCUUCUUCGAUUCAAGUCUGUUUGCAAAUCAUGGUAUGCUCUUAUCGACGAUCCUAAAUUUUUAACAAAACAUAUGUUAGAUUCUUUUCCUCAUAAACAUGUUCUCAUCAAACGUGCCCUCACCAACGACUCUGGUGAACAAGAACUUGUGUUCUCCAUCCUCAAAUUUUCUCUCUAUCGAUCCGUGUCUAUUAUGGACAUCAACUUGCCAUUCCAAGAGAUCGAUCCAUAUUUAGAAGUUUGUGGCCAUUCUCACGGCUUAGUUUGUCUUAGCAAUCUUGACGAUGUUUUCCUCGUUAAUCCUAUGACUAGACAAUUUCGUAAACUUCCACCUUCGAUUCUUAUCUCCCGUGUUGAUCCUGAUGUUUACUCUGCAAUAGCAUUUAGUAUCGGAUUCGGGUAUGAUGCAAAAUCUAGCAAUUUCAAAGUUGUUAGAAUUGUGAGUUGUCGAGGAAACUUUGUAGCAAACUUUGGACAAAUGACGAGAGUGGAAAUUUAUGAUUUGAGCAAAGGAAAAUGGAGAGAAAUUGAAGCUCCUCUUUUUUGUGACCGUGCAUUUCGCACACCUACAUUUGAUAUGUAUCACGAAGGAAUAUUUUAUUUUUGGGGAUAUGGUGAAUCAAGACUUUCCACAGCGGACCAUAUUAUAACAUUUGACAUGAGUCAAGAGGUUUGUGGUAAAAUUUCAGUACCGGAGAGUUACGAUGACAAAAAACAUAAAACAAGUUUAGGGAUUUUGAAUAGAUCCAUUGUUCUUUUUGUUUAUCCAUUUGAAAGUAAUGAGAAAAAUAUUGACAUUUGGGAGAUGAAGAAGGAUGAAUCUAGUGUUGUUUCGUGGUCAAAGCUAUUGACGAUUGAUCCUACUCUUGGAAUUGAACACCCAUUGUUGUUUGUAAGCUCUGAAGAACUGUUAAUGGAGUCCCGUGAAGGACAUGUGAUUAUGUAUAACACUAAAACUCAAGAGUCCAAAAAGCUCCCAAUAGAAGGGGAAGCACUUUAUGGAAGAACUCACAGGUUUCAAGCUAUUAAUCUUUUUAUUAAGAGUUUGGUGUCUGUGGAAGGAGGAAGAGAUAUGAUCAAUUAUGAUAUUUAGUAUUUUCGGAUUUCA